AUGUUCCAGACUCUGCUAGACUGCGCCACAGACUGGACCAUGGUGAAGAUCAGCUUCCAGACUGUUCUGGGACAGAAGGAAGAUGUCGACAAGACAGAGAUCCUCAUCCCCCACCCAGAGGAGGAAGAGGAGCUGGUGCUUCCUCUUCGGCCCACAGCGCCUCCUGUGACCGGGCUCUGCUGCCUGACCUUUGGCCUCAUGGUCUUCAUGGGGGGUCUGGUCCUGGCCUCGGUCUACGUUUAUCGAUACUACUUUAUUCCUCACAUGCCGGAGGAGAACCUGUUCCACUGCCGGGUCCUGUACGAGGACUCGGUGUUUGCUCCUCUUCGGGGGCGACAGGAGCUGGAGGAGAACGUUGGAAUUUACCUCAGAGAAAAUUAUGAGGAGAUCUCUGUCCCUGUGCCUCACUUUGGAGGCAGCGACCCGGCGGACAUCAUCCAUGACUUCCACAGGGGCCUGACGGCCUAUCACGACAUCGCUCUGGACAAGUGCUACGUCAUCGAACUCAACACCACUAUCGUCAUGCCUCCAAGGAACCUCUGGGAACUUCUCAUCAACGUCAAGAAGGGCACGUACCUGCCUCAGACCUACAUCAUCCAUGAGGAGAUGGCGGUCUCCGGGAAAGUGCACAACAUGCAACAGCUCGGUCCCUUCAUCCACCGUCUGUGCAACGGCAAAGACACGUACCGCCUCAGCCGCAUCACACACCGCCGCCUGAACAAGCGGGACACCCAGGACUGCCACCGCAUCCGCCAUUUUGAGAACACGUUUGUGGUGGAGACGGUCAUCUGUGAAGAACCAUAG